AUGAGGUCGAUUUCACGGCAGCAGGAGCUCCCUGAGGACUUCUACAUCCCCAUCGCUCUGGACACCAGCAACAUCACGGCCCUCAGCCCCUUCCUAGUCCCUCAGGAUCACUUGGGCAGCCCGGGACUGUACAUGAGCUUGGCCGCCUUUAUGUUCGUCCUCUUCGUCGUCGGAACAGCCAUCAACACCCUCACCAUCAUCUGCACCGCCCAAUACAAGAAGCUACGAUCCCACCUCAACUACAUCCUGGUUAACCUGGCGGUGUCGAACCUUCUGGUGUCAGUAGUUGGCUCCUUCACGGCUUUCUACAGCUUCUCUUACAGAUACUUCAUUCUGGGGCCGACCGCCUGUAAGAUCGAAGGCUUCAUGGCCACUCUGGGAGGUAUGGUGAGCCUGUGGUCUCUGGCAGUGAUUGCCUUCGAAAGAUACCUGGUUAUCUGCAAGCCCAUUGGAAACUUUGCCUUCAAGGGCCCCCAUGCAUUCACUGGCUGUGUCAUCACCUGGGUCUUUGCACUGGGCGCUGCCGGCCCUCCACUUUUCGGCUGGAGUCGGUACAUACCAGAGGGCCUGCAGUGCUCCUGUGGUCCGGACUGGUACACCAUAGGCAAUAAGUACAAUAACGAGUCCUACGUCAUGUUCCUCUUUUGUUUCUGCUUUGCUGUUCCCUUCACCAUGAUAGUGUUCUGCUACGGUCAGCUUCUCUUCACACUAAAAUCGGCUGCCAGGGCACAGGAGCAGUCUGCCUCCACCCAGAAGGCCGAGAGGGAGGUGACUAAGAUGGUGGUGGUGAUGGUGCUGGGCUUCCUGGUCUGCUGGCUGCCGUACGCCUCCUUCGCCCUGUGGACCGUGCUGCACCGCGGCGAGGCCUUCGACCUGCGCCUGGCCAGCCUCCCCUCCUGCUUCUCCAAGGCCUCUACGGUCUACAACCCCGUCAUCUACGUCUUCAUGAAUAAGCAGUUCCGCUCCUGCAUGAUGAAGCUGAUCUUCUGCGGAAAGAACCCGUUCGGGGACGAGGAGGAGACCUCCUCACAGGUUACCCAGGUCUCCUCUGUCUCAGCGAGUCAGGUGUCGCCAUCUUAA